AUGCAAAGAGACAUUAUUUGGGAUGUUCGUUGGUGUCCUCACGAAGGGGAGUCGGAUCUGUUCGUGUCUGGAAGUGCAGACCACACUGCCAGGAUUUGGAAAGUGGAUACGGAAGCACACACCAUGAGUGUGCUUUGGAGCUACAGUGGCCAUGACGGCUCCGUCAAUACUGUACGAUAUCACCCCACUAAAAAUAUCAUCUGCUCCUCCUCUGGAGACCGAACUUGUCACAUUUGGAAGCCAUCUCUCUCCAACAGUCUCAAAGAGUACCAAUCGAAUUGUCUGCGCUCACUGAACAGAGAAAACGACGAAGAGACCCCGUCGCAUCGUUCUCUCCUUUCCGAGUCCCAGAUCAUCACAAAGCCGCUCAUCAAACUCAUCGCUCAUCAGGGCUUCGUAACGACCGGCGAGUGGUCCGCCGACGGCUCUCAAAUCUUCACAGGGAGCCAAGACGCCACGAUCAAGGUCUGGGACAUGGGGGAUGCAUCCAAGCCGAUGUUUACCUUUCCAGGACACGAUUCCACGAUCACCAGCAUCGCUUGCCAUCCAUCGAACACGAAUUUGUUCUACUCAUCUUCGCAAGAUAAAACGAUCCGAAUGUGGGACACGCGCGCCUCGUCGUAUAUGAUUAACGUCCUGCAUGGCCAUGAAAAAGGCGUGUCGCAUGUGAUGUUUGAUCGGCAUAAUCCGAGUGUGCUGAUUAGCGGGAGCGACGACUGCACGGUGAAGCUGUGGGAUGUCAAAACACUGCAGUGUUUGGUGACGAUCCAUACGAGUUAUGUGAUGAACCACUUCUCGCAGAGUCCUGAAGAUGAUAUGCUCUGUAUUCCUUCUCGAAAUGCGUCGGCAGAGUGA